GACAAUCAACAGUGGCAGUGGCAGCGGCAGUGCCAGGCAGCAGCCAGCAGUCGCUGACUCGCCAGUCGCCAGCCGCCAGUAGUGCCGGGGAGCGAGGCGAGGGAGGAAGGCUGCACGUCACCGCAUCUUAUAUUUGCUCAGUUGUACUAUCUUAUCUUGCAUAGUCAUGGCUACGUGUGGUUCGUUAUGCUGUGAUGGAGGCUUUGAUAAGGAUGGUGUGUCGACAACUAGAACUAUUGAGAGCUGCUUGCCUCUGCCUCUUCCAGUUGAAAUAUUAGAAGAUAUUGUUCCUAAGGCUAAGGAUUUUGCUAUUCUCCAUGGUGCAGGCAUGAGGUACAGGACCAAUUAUGACCCAGAUAGUUUGCAGUUGGCUCCAUUCUUCCUCCUCCCAUCUGCAUUCCCCCGCCGAGAAUUUGAGCGUGUGGUGAAGCUUCAAUCAAUUGUUAACAUUUUGAUGCACAGAAUUGCUCAUGAUUAUCAGUUUUUGAAGGAUGCUUUGGAAAAAACAAUAAAGGUGGAUGACUUCACACGAAGACUGUGGGACAUCUACACCACUGUAAGAGAAGAAGGGGUUUCUCAGGAAAUGAGUUUGGGACUGGUGCGGUCGGAUGUGAUGCUAACCAAGUGCCAGGCUGGUUGCUGCGAGCUUUGCCAAACUCCUCCCUUUGUCACAGUGCACCAGGUGGAGGUCAACACCAUCGCCUCAGGAUUUGGCCACAUGGGACCAAUUUCUGGGAGUAUAAAUAGGUAUGUACUUGGAGAGCUGAGAAAGCCUGAGUUGCUUGGUCAUUUGCCAGAAAAUGAUGCUCUUGCAGGACUUUGUGGUGGAAUGAUCGCAGCAUGGGAUGCAUAUGGUUGUCCCAAAGCUGUAAUACUGUUCGUUGUGGAAGAUGUCACAUACAAUAUUUGUGAUCAACGGUUCCACGAGUAUGAGAUCAGGAGGCAGCGGCCAGACAUUCAUGUGAUCCGACGUAACCUUACUCAGAUAAGCCAACAAGGCUGCCUCACUUCAGACAAGAGAUUGAUAAUUGACGGUGAUGAGAUUGCAGUGGUUUACUUCCGUGCUGGAUAUGAGCCUGGACAAUAUCACAGUGAGGCAGAGUGGGAAGCCAGGCUCACUGUGGAAAGGUCAAAGGCAAUAAAAAGUCCAAGCAUUCAUUAUCAUCUAGCAGGCACAAAGAAGGUUCAGCAAGAGAUUGCACGCCCAGGUGUUUUGAACAAGUUUCUCUCAGAUUCAGAAGCAAAAUUAGUUAGUCAACUCUUUACAGGCCUGUACACCCUAGACAUGAGCCCAGAGGGAGAUCAAGCAGUCCAGAUGGCCAUGGAAAACCCAGAAAGAUUUGUAUUGAAACCACAGCGUGAGGGAGGUGGGAACAAUGUGUAUGGGCAGGAAAUUAGGACGGUUUUAGAAAAGAUAAAAGAUUCCCAAGAGAGGGAGGCCUACAUUCUUAUGGAUAGAAUCCGUCCACCCAUCCAGCAGAAUUAUCUCAUCCGGGCUCAUGAGCCAGUCAAACUGGUGGAGGUGGUUUCUGAGCUGGGCAUCUUUGGUACCAUCCUAGGAACUGCCAAGGACAUCCAGUUCAGUAAGUUUGCUGGCCACAUGCUACGAACUAAGCUUUCCUCUGUCAAUGAGGGUGGGGUGGCAGCUGGACUAGGAGCUUUGGACUCAGUCUUUCUGUUUGACUGAUUACAAGCACACUAUCAUGAUAACAUGGUUGUCUGAUUGUAUAGUAGGUAUGUGAUUUAAUUCCCUUAUUUUAUAGAUUAAGUAUUCAAUAUUAUCUUGAGCAAUAUGAGAAAUAUAUAACUGAUAUAUUUUUUACACACUUUAGUUAUGUAUCUGUGAUACUACAAGCUACACAAAACAUGUAUUUUGAGAAAUGGUGCAAUAUUUACAUAAUUAGUAUCAUCACCAUGAGGCCUAAGGUAGGGAGACAGACCAGGCUGCUCCCCAUAGAGAUUCAAACUGAUUUUGUUGUGUUACCUUUAUCACCUUUAUAUUUUAGGUGCUAUUGAAUGAUAAUUAUCAGUGGUAAUAAUAGUUAUUUCUUUAUAGUUUAUUGCUUACCCCAAAGGCUUUGUGCCAUUAUGUGAAUUUAAGUUUAUAUAUAUAUAUAUAUAUAUAUAUAUAUAUAUAUAUAUAUAUAUAUAUAUAUAUAUAUAUAUAUAUAUAUAUAUAUAUAUAUAUAUAUAUAUAUAUAUACACACACACACACACACACACAAUAUUCAGUAAUAUUACUUAUGUUACCUUGAUUGUAAUUUUUAGUGUGAGUUUUGUUGUAUGUCCAGUAUUUUAUUUUAUUACAUUUAUGUAUUUUUCAUAUUUUAUUACUGAUUAAUUUGUUUAUUUAGUAUUAAUGUUUUAUUUAUUUUUAA